CCCACAGCCACUGCCCCUCGCGCCGGAGUCCCGUUAUCUGCCAGUUAAAUGUUGUGAGUUUGAAACAUCGUCCAGGGAUGAAACGACAGACAAAAGAAGACGAAGUUCAUCAGAAAACUUUAAUUAAAUUCACCUACAGGAGUUGGAAAAUGUUUUUGGUUCCGAAGUGGUGGAUUUUCAUCGUCUGUGUGUCAGGCGUCCUCCCUCCCCGUUGCUCGGGGGUCAAUGUGUUUGUGAGAGAUGAGAAGAAGUAUGCCGUGCUGUUCCAGUCCGUGGUUCUGCCGUGCCAGUACAACAGCGUGUCCACCCAGACGCCCGUGGUGCAGUGGGUCUACAAGUCGUACUGUCGGGACCGCACGCGGGAUUCAUUCAACUUCCCCGACAGCCUGAGCGGAGGCCAGGGAGGCGGUGGGCUGAUGGGCGGAACCAGAGGAGCCGCCGGAGGCUACGAGACGGGGAUGACGGCGAGCUACCUGGACUGCGCCGACAGCAGCCGGACGGUCCGAACCGUGGCCUCCAUCUCUGGAUCCUCAAUCACGCUGUCAGAGUACUACAAGAGCAGAGACAUCUCCAUCAUCAACAAGGCAGACCUGCGCAUGGGAGAGGUCCAGUGGGGAGACAGUGGAGUCUACAUCUGCAAAGUGGUGAUAUCGGAUGAUUUAGAGGGUCGGAGCGAAGCCUCCGUGGAGCUGCUGGUUCUUGGUUUCUCAGGCGUGCCUGAAGAUCUGCUGCCAGACUUUGACUUGAAGAUUAUGCCAGAGUGGGUGUUCGUGUCGGCCGUGGCACUGGGCAGUGUCUUAUUCCUGCUGUUGGUUGGGGUUUGUUGGUGUCAGUGUUGUCCUCACUCCUGCUGCUGCUACGUCAGCUGCUGGUGCUGCCCUGACACAUGCUGCUGCCCAAGACACCUAUACGAGGCAGGUAAAGGUAUAAAGACGGGCACCUCGACACCUGCCUACCCUCCAUACUUUGUCACUGGUGUCCCCACGAUGGUCCCCAUCGCUCCCCCUUCUCUGGUGGACAAGAUGUCUUCCGUCCCCCCUUCGGAUGGAAGCCUACUCACAGCAGUGGCGAUGCAUGCUGUAGGGGUUCCCUACCGCGUGCCUUCGCCUCAGGAUCAGGACUCUCUCAGGGUGCUUCAGUAUGUAGAGAAACAACUGGCUCACUUCAACCCUGCCAGGUCCAUGAGCCCCCAGUCCUGUAGCCUGUCCGAGCUGAGCUCCCUCCACGAGAGAGAUAACGGCUUCCGCCAAACAUACCGGAACGUCCAGAAGAAAGCUCUGCCUGCCAUCCCUGACCACGACCCUCCGCCCGAGCCCCAACGAUACCGCGAAAACCGCAGCCCAGAGCCGCAGCGUUACCGCGACAAUCCCCCUUCACCCCAACGAUAUCGCGAUGAAUCCGACUCAGAGCCCCGCCGCUGCCAGGACGAGGAUCUUCCUCCGCGGCGGAACAGCGACGAACCUCCGUCCUUCUCGCAGUCGCGCAGGCCUGGCCGAAAUCAACGGCAACAGAAUCACAGCGAGGAGGAAAACCACAACAGGUGGAACCCUCGUUCAGAACAUCUGCAUAGAAAGACGUACCGUACUGCCGGACGAACCUGCUCACUGGAUGAGCUGGAGGAGUUUGCUGCUUCCUACAAGCAGAGGGGAGGCAGAGGGGAAGGGAAAAGGGAAGAGGAGAGGGGAGACUAUGAGAUGGAGCUUCGGGAGUUCAGUCGAUACCCAUCCUACCGCAAUGGCCCGCCUCAGUAUUAUCACACGGAUGAGAAUGAGCUCGGAGACGACAGCGACCACGAAGAUCAUCCCAGACGGAACAAGAAAAGCGGACACAACAUAAGCCCACUUCAGUCACCCAAAAAGAGGAGGGGCACUUGGGACAGCGAGCGCCCCGCUCCCCCUCCUCCCAGAAUCAGUCCACCAUCAACUUCUUCUCAAGAGAAGGACUACGACGGCACCUUCCUGAACAGCCUGCUGGAUCGCAAGGCUAAGUUGCGAGGGGUCAGCCAGGGGAAGAGCGGGGCCCGGAGCGAGGAGGAUUCAGACACGCCCUCGAAGGGCAGCUCGAAGAAGAGCAGCGGGGAAUCUAGUCGGCACUGCAGCCACUCACCCAGUAACAGGCCCGAGGCCGACUCACUGCCUGCUUACUCAGACACGGAGCGAAGCAGGACUGACAGGCCAUCUCCACGGCCGCUCCCUGCAAACGCUCGCUCCUCUCAGCCUCCUGCCCAUCCCCUGCCCGGUCGCAGAGAGGAGCCCAAAGACAAGACCCGCAAAACGGUCAGGUUCAGACGCUACUACAGUGAAAACUAGAGCACUCUUCUCAGCCGGGACUCCCUCAUCGUCUGACGGACUGAAAGCCUCACAGACUGAGCACUUACGCUCUACAGGAGCUGCAUGUCAAAAAUUACUUUUAUUGCAAAUACAUGCAAUUGACUGUGCAGGAAAGCUGAAUCAGCACGGAUGAAUGAAGAAGUGGACAACAGAGACACUCUUACUAUUGAGACUGACACCGGGGUUUCUGCCUGUGACGUCGCCGAGUGAUGAAGUCAUCGCUGUUCGGUUUCUGUCACCGGCUGCCUCAUAUAUAUAUCUCAGCUGGACUAACACUGAACUAGUGCAGGCUAUGACCUGGACUCCCCCCCUCCCCCUAGCAGGACGCUGUUCAUCUCCUCUCGUCCCUUUAGAAAAGACUAGUUUAUGCUUCCAGCACAAUGAGUGCAUUCAUUUCCACUUGAUGAGAUAUCUGCUUUAAAUAAGCACAGUUGCAGAAAAGGAGGUAUAUGACAACAGCAUUAUUGUAGAGGACAUACUGUAGCUUCAGCUGGAUAACAAAACACACUCUGUGUCGUUCAGCAGCACAUUCAGGGACUAAAGUGCCUAAUUCAGACAGCUUUCCCAAAUUUGAUUUGAAUGUUAACUAAAGCUGGGAGUAGUGAUAUGAUGUUUAUCUACAGAGGGGAUGGACAAAAUAAUGCAAACACACCAUGGAAAAGGACUCUUACAGCUGCAUUGAGCAGAAGCCCUAUGAACAUGCAACUCUGUCCCCGACUCACUGACUUAAUGAGGAAGUCAUCGGUCGGUCGAGUGCUGGAGUCUCUUCAUUGGCCGUUGCUCUUUCGAAUUGAAUAGGCUGCAAAUAUUCUCUUAAUUAUUGACUCAAACAUGGCUGAACCGUGUCACGUGAUAUGCUACUUCAGUACACUUUUAGAACAAAUAUUACUGGAACCACUGCAGAAAAAUUCAAUUGUCAAUUUUGAAUACCCAAGAAUUGACAUUAUAGACACCCCUACUGACUAUUCCUGCAACAAUUUGGCCAAAAUGUAGCACAAUGACACGGUCAAGCCAUAUGCUAGCUUUGAUGGUGGGCAACUUUAAUGUUUUGCUUCAACCCGUCUCCAACUGCAGCUGUUUUUAGUUGUUGCUCUGAAAAACCCAUUGUACAUUACCUGCCCAGCACCAAAACAGCAGACGGACACUGAGAGUAGCCGGUGAACAUAGCGGAGCAUUUAGCAGCUGGAGAACCAGAUACUUGUUGGGAGACAAACAGAGCUAAAUGGAGAGUGAAAUUCAACACAAACCCAACUCCAUGAGAAUGUUGCUGUGUAGCUGCUAGAUGUCUAAAUACAACAACUGUUUGCUAAAACGUUCGCCAUAACAACUGUAUAAGGUGAUUUUUUUUAUAUAUAUAUAUUUUUGAAAUGUUUUUAAUUUUAACAGGUGUGUUUACAGCUUCUUCUACUGCCCCCAUGUGGCCAAAAUAUCUAUUAAAGGAGCAGAGGAAUCUAUUGGCAGAAAUGUAAUAUAAUAUUUCAGUAAUCAGUAUGUUUUCUUUAGUGUAUAAAUCACCUGAAAAUAAGAAUCAUUGUGUUUUUGUUACCUUAGAAUGAGCCGUUUGUAUCUACAUACAAAGGUGUCCUCUUCACGGAGCCAGACGCCAGGUUUCUACGGUAGCUCAGAACGGACAAACCAAGCAUUGGCUCUAGAUCGGUCCAUACAGGUGUUUGUGUUGGCCACCAUAAUUCUUCGAACACGCCUGGCACACGGGAGAAGUUUCAGAUAUGUUGCAAUCUGUAACUUCACCGCUAGGUGUCGCCAACUCCUACAAACUGCACCUUUAUUCUGUUACUUUACACGCAAAUGUGUGUCCCCAAACUGUAGGAGUGCCAGUCAGCAGUAUAUUUGAUAAGUUAAUGGGAAUCAUUUUGAAAUUCAUGCAGUAUAUGCCAUACAAUGUAGUAAACGGAGGGUCUGGACUAAUGCUACAGACUGACCCAAUAUGACCCACAUUUGUUGCAGCGUAGUUACUUCAUUAUUACGUUCCUUAUUCAUGAAGCAGUAACAUUGUUUUGUCUCCUCUCUGUUAAGUCUCUUCAUCUUCUAUUAAAACAUGUUAGUUUGCACAAAGUAACUAUUUUCUCCAAGGGACUAAAACCUGAUAAAAUGUUGUAUGUUUUUGUAAUUUGCCCGUCACAAGAUUUCUUUUUUACUACAGUAUGAAGACAUUUUUAUAUGUAAACUGGACCUAUUUCUGUGUGUGGUGUGAUAUGAUCGAUGUAAUUUGUAAAUGAUUAUGUUUGUUUAGGCUUUCCAGUGUGACUGUGUACAUAAGAUGAAGUGCCUCUGAUUUGAUAACUGUAAUUCAGCCUUUUCUUUUAUCACUGCUGAGUCAACAGCUAAACCAACACCUUCAUACGUUAUCGACAGUCACACAAACAUAUGCAGAACACACAUUUGCCUGCUGAUUUUUUACAUCUUUUGUUCUAACAUUACACCAAACAGUAUUUUAUUAUUCCUGCCAUCAUGUUGUUGUUUUUUGAGAAAAGUCUUACCGUCAGUGUUUGUUUUCUUCCAACAGAUUUUCUGCUGUCUGGUACUGACAACUGUGUGUGUGUGUGUGUGUGUGUGUGUGUGUGUGUGUGUGU